GAGCGGUCAAAGUCUAAAUUAUUCAAUCACUAAUGCCCCAAGCCACUACCUCUUCCAGCCGCGACAAUCCAAAUCAUCACAAAGAUGAUAAAAUCGAUAAGUCUCAAAAAACAUUGCAAGAUGGUCGCUUAGCAGAUCUGACUGCUGCCUAUCAAGCAUCUUCGGACUUUCAGUCGAACAAUCAAGAUGAAAUAUCCAAAACCAGCUCAAAAUUCGCGUCUUCGGCGGAGGUGAAAGCAAUAGAAGAAAAAGUCAAGGACUUUGUGUCGUCUAGUCAGGUCUUGAUGAGCGUUCUUGACGACAUUCGGAAAAUUCAUCCUGUCAUAGAUGUCGUAGUACUGGCGUUCAAAGCAGUAGUCACUUUGGAGCUAAAGCGUCGGGAUAACGAUCAGAAAGUGUUGGUGCUACAGGUCAAAAUGCAGGAUAUGAUGGAAAUCUUCGUGCAGCUUCGAGUGAUUGCUCCAAACCAGAAAGAGUCUAAUCGAGGCUUUACGGUGGAGGAGAGCCUGAAAAAGAUAUGUUUCCGAAUCGCAGAAGAUAUUUGGUCCUGUGCGAAUCUGUGUGACUCGUAUUCAAAGAAACGUCUUCUAGUUAAGCUGCUCAAAAGCCCAAUUUAUGAAGGACGACUGGCUGGUUACAUUCAAACCUUCGUGGAGCGACGUACGGAACUACAUACAGUGCUGGGCAUGUUUACUGCUCACAAGAUACACUCGACAUUCUCGCUUCUGGAAAACAAUCAAGAAGUCCUCAAAUCUAUCAAUAAUUCAAUACAAGUCAUCUUUGAAAGAUUGCGUAAACAGACUCCAAUAGAGAAACAGAUAUGGAAGUUGAUCGAGUCCAAAGGCGGACUUGAGAAGUGCACUGAAGACGAAUCUGCUUUGACUGAAUUGGUAAAAUUUGAUUUAUAUGGUCCGGAACAUUCUGAAGAAGUAGGGGUUAAGAUGAAUGUACCCCCAGUACCACCCGUACCAUCUGCGAUGUAUCCGGGAUAUUCAACCUACUCUUCGCCGGGCGCCGCGGCAGUCCUGGGAUUGAAUCCAACUCCUUCCACAUAUCAACCGCAACUACAACCUCGCACAAGUACAGCCUCUCAGGGAUUUGCGGCUCCAAUGUCCACGGAGAUGUAUUAUGGGUCAUCGCUUCCAGUAUACAACUCUUCUCCUCCUCCUCCACUUGAAAGGCAUAUGAAGCCUGUACAUUCACAUCGCAGUUAUUCCAGUAAUCGGAGGGUUUCAAAUUCACAACCUAUCGAGUAUCUACAUCGGCCCGAAUCUCCAACGCGUUAUCACUCUACAUUUGCUACACGCUCUUCAGCUCCGUCUCAAGCCUGGGCGGGCUAUGCUCCUGCUACAUACGAAUAUUCUGAAUCCCGACAACGACAUAGAUCUACGACCACCCAAAGGACAUCCUCUACCCAUGAGCGUUUCCAUCGAGGACUUGAACUUGAAAAUGAAUAUAGAACUUCCAAUGACCCUGGGAGCAGGCGAGAUGCAGAACAGGAUCCACCUGGUCCCCCAGCACAUGAGGUGAAUCAGUUGAAACAGGAGUUACAGCUUGACGUCGAUGAUGAUUUGAAGAAGAACAUGACUGUAUUUAAGCGAAAGCUCGAUGAACAGCAGCGCCAGCUUCAACAAAUUGAAAAUACGGUGAUUAACCAAGGGGAUAGGGUGAUUUCAGUAGUUCGUGAAGGCCCACAUGAUAGAAUUCAUGAUCCAGAACUCCGUGCUAUCUGGAAAGAAAUGGGCUGGAAGCUAGGUGUUCCAGUGCAGGAAUUUGUCCACACUCUGCAUGAUUACUAUGUCGCUCAGAAUAAUGAUUCGGCUGUAGUGGAUAAUUACUUCACAAUUAUGGCCUCACCAGCACCAGGUUCAACUGCCGACGAUCAAACUCUUGCUUUGAGAGCUGCUUUCUCUGCCGCAAAGCAACGGGCAGCAGAAAAGUGGGCUCUCAAACACAUCAAUAUCAAGAAUAUCAUUCCGCUUAUGGAAGUUUUCGAUGGUGAUGCUUCUGGCUUUGUUAGUGUCUGGGAAGCGAACCAGGUCGCUUCCUUACGCCCUAAAGAUUGGAGCUUCCUUCAAUGGCUAGCAUAUUGGGCAGCUGGUCGGCAUUUCACAAUUUGGCAAUAUCGACAAAAGAUUGGAGCUAUCAUUCUGCAGAUGUUCAAGUCUGUGGAGGAUCUCAUACCUACAAACAGGGACAUUGUCAACCACUACCUCCUUGGUCUAUGGGCUGUGGAUCAAGUUCUCUGUCAAAUUGUUCCUUGCACAGAACCUCCGGAUGGGAUUUUGGCUGAGAAGAUUGCAAGUUAUACUCAUACUGAAGAAGAUAUCAUGGAGCAGAAGUUGAAGGCAUUGAACUACGAGAUUGAUGGACCCGAUACUCUUGGAUUGAUAAUUGGUGAUUCUCAGAUUGAAAGGAAUCUCCUCCCUCUCAUCUACCUGCUGCUUAAGUUUCAUCUAAUGAUUAUCCGUGCGGGUUCUCGGAUUGUAUAUGAUCGUGAAGAGCUUUUCACUGCCGAGGAAACCCUUUCACAGAUUUUUGAUGCAAUUUUUGCCCGAGUCGAUACCCUUUACUGGUUAUUUGGUUCUACUAUUGUUGAUUCUCCCUUCCUUCGGGAAAGUCGGCUGGGAGCUUUUGCAUUUGGCAUGUAUUCAGCCGUUUUUCGAGGGAUCGAUCCGUACUACCCGCUUGCGUUGGACUAUGGGAUUACCAAGGAGAUCGCGCCGCUAUCAGAUAUCCCUGACGUUCCACUGAAGCAUCGCUCUCCAGGAAUAAUUGAACCUGCAGAUAGCACCUUCCAUCCAUUUACACUGAAUGAAUAUAUCACAGGUGUCGAGGGAUUCUGGUCAGGCUAUCUGUACAAUGAAGCGUGGAAUCGCACAGUCCAUGGAAUAAUAGAAUUCGGAGUCCAUACAUGGAAUUUUUCGGAUGAACAAUUCUCAGCAAUAGGAAGCUAUUCCCAAGGGAUGCUUUCUAUAAAUGGUUCAAUCAGAAUUCACGGCCAACAAGGUACACUAGAAGCCCACCUUCUGGCCCAUCCAGAUUAUGAUAGGGAUCAAAAAUGGGAUAUUGUUCUGCGAGGAACACUUGACAUUGUGCGCAAUUAUGUAGGGAAAGGCUCAAUUGCACGGUCACUGCCGCCUCAGUACACAAUGUCAGGAGAUUGGGGCACCUCCAAUACACAUGGGACUUUCUACUUCAGCCAGACGCCGACGUGGGUUCAUCAAUUCAGGUUGUUAAAGAUUCCGCAAAUUUCGAGUUCAACACCCGAUAUUGAAUACCCUCAGAAGACCCGCCCUCCUUCUCGUGCACGGCUACUAUGGAAAUUUGCCUGCAAUGCUGUCUUGCAUCAGGUUUAUUCACAGAAAGGCCUUUUUCGUACAGAGACAGUCCGGGGCAUGUUAACCCAAUUACGGAGGGGAAUUGAACUUGCUAGAUACCAAUAUCUGCUCUCGGAUAAUCAGCCGAUGAGUGUUAGAGAUCAGGAAGAGAUGAAAAGACUGCUAACAAUAUCUUCGCCAUGGAUAUCAAGAUUCUGUCGUUCUGUUGCGCGUUGCAGAUAUCCCUCAAGUUGGGGUGCCUUGCACUUCUAUUCCUGGUGCUCAAUGUGUAGCGGCAUCAUUCUUGGAAACCGUUAUUACUGCAUCACAUGUGCAGAAGGUACAUACGUAGAAGGGAAAGAACCUCCCUGCGACUUUUGCUCCACUUGCAGACAUGAGCACGAUACAGAACAUCCGUGGCAUGUACUCAUCAAAAUGAAGGCAUUCAACCACAACAGACAUUCACGGCCUCUGUCGGAACGGAUCAAUGAUUUGCGCUUUAGACCUAUAGCCAGCCCUCCUUCAAUCGCUGUUCCAGUUUCCCCAACAGAAGGACGAUCAGACUCCAGUGGGGAUAAUAAAUACUACGAAAGUGAUUUGGACAUACUUCGCUCGAAAAAGGCAUCUGAUCGUGAUGCUAUAUCAAAACGAGUACGGUUCUCAAUCAACGCAUUCCGGUUGUCGUCGUCGUCUGCUCCAUCCAGUGCAAAAGAGCACGAUGACUCCUUCCAAUCUGGAUUUAGGCAUCAGCGUCGGAAAAGUUCCACAGCAUCAGGAACACCAGGAUUAGGGUUGCUUGGAAUUUUGCAUUCCGGGCGGAGCAAUACUCCCAAUAGCACCAAUUCAAUCACAGCUGUUGAUCAUUCAGAGCUCAAUGCCGGAGAGGGGAAGGUAAAAUCAUCCACCAAGGCAAACCAACUUCAACGUCAGUGUGUUUCUUGUAACAGUGAAGUGAACCUUGAGCUAGAGAAUUAUUGGAGUUGUAUCAUCUGUUCCGAUCCACAUACAGACACAUAUGUCGUCGUGUGCUCAGAAUGUGAAAGGCGAGAUAGGGGUCUAUAUGUUCCCAGUACACCAACAAAAGCAACUACACAAACUAAUAGACAAGCGGCAAAAGAAGAAACACUCGGCAGCCUCAAUGAGGACACAAUCAUCAUGAAUUCGGACAACCCAGGAAGUAUCAAUCCUAGGGAAGAGGAUCCGACAGAGCUCAAUAGUCUGAGCCACGAUCAUGGAGAUUCCAAUAACUCUCUGAGUCACGAAGUGGGUCACCCAAUUAUGCAAGCAUAUCAGACUCACCCGCCGGUGGUACAUGGGCCUUCAUUAAGGACUCCCAGUCCUAUGUUUCAAAAUAUAAGUGGCUCUAGGUCUGCAAGAUUCGAUAAUAUCAGUGACGGAGAUCCCUCUGUCUCUAGCAAGCGUCAAUUGACCUUGCAAUUUGUCAAGGGAAUGUUUGGCGCUGGUAGAGGUGGCAAAAGUAGACCCAAGACAAUGUUGUAUUUGCCGUCGGCUGCCUCUGAUACUGACGACUGGCAGAAACUGGCUAAUUCGAAUUUGCGUCAGGGAGGUCUUGAGGAAGAAGCGGAAGGAAAGUUGGACAACAAUUUUUUCUACUACAUAUUAUGAGUAUUUUCUCAAAUGUUAUUUCACCGCAAUGUAAAUAAUGCUUGACUUCGAAAUGGGUUCGUUUAGAUUGAUG